ACUUGACACUACCCAAAAUUUAGAGCGGUGUCGGAUUCUGAAGUCAGAUAAUUGGAUCAGUUUCGAUCUCCGGUCUGGUUUAAGAUAUCGGGGUCGCAAAUAUCCUUGAGAAUGAUCUCUGGUUCUUCACGUUUACGGUCACGGUCAUCAGAGAUGAUCUAGUUUGAGAUCAUCUGUUUGCUUGGUUGAUGGUAAGUAGGGUUCGCCAAUUGGGAAUGGUCUCUAGUUUGAGAUCUCUGUUUCGAGAUUUCUAGUUCUUCACGGUCGUCAGAGAUGACACCUACAAGUAAAACCAUUUUUGUUGCUUGAUGGUAAGCAAGACUGAUGGAGUUCCUUCUCACAAAACCUUUGGAAUGAUCUCUUGUUCGGGAUCUCUGGUUCGUCGGUUGAUGGUGUGCUGCCGCAACUGUGAAAGGGAAGAAUGAUAGAGUCUCUUCUCAACAAAUGAGGUUUUUUCAAAUGGGGCAAUUGGCCGGAUAUUCGAAGUGUUCUUGGGGGCAUUUUCACAGGAAAGCAGAAAUUUAUACGUUGUUCUUGCGUACUCCCAGCCUUCGAUAAACCAAGCACCUUAGCAAGUCUCACUCCCCUCUUCCUCUAUGUCUCUCUGAUGCCACCAUUGCCGCUAACGAGAUAUCCGAAACUCUUCGCCCUUCCGUAACCGAAAAAUGUUUAGAACCUUCCGGAACCGGAGACGCCCCCGUUACGGUGCUCAGCUCUGCACCAUCAUCGCUGCGCUCCUUCUCCUCCUCUCGGUCUCAGUUCUUUACAGUCGACUCAGCUUUGACCGACGGUCCCAGGUACGCCCAUUCUCCUCUUCAAGAUUAGGGUUAGGAUUUCCUUCUGUUCCAAAUCUAGAUUUCUCACAAGAUUCCUCCAACGACCUCGAUGAACUCGUUGCCAAUCCGUUACUAGAAGAUGUAGACGGUGAUGGUGCCGGUAACGGAAAUGACGAUCGGAUCGAUGAGCUGGAUGUUGUGGAAGAAGAGAGUGAUGAUCAGUCUAAGCUUUCGAAUGAAGAGGAGAUUCUGAGAGGAGUAGAUGAAGAGGAAUCGGAGUCUGAGGGUGUGGAUUGGAAUAGAAAUAAGAGGUUUGGUUAUUACUGGGAUCAUGUUCUAGGAGUGACGAGGCGGGCGUUCGAUAGGCGUUCGAUUGAUGAACAGUGGGACGAUUAUUCUGAUUCUAGUUUUGGUUUGGAUUCGGAGGAUCGGAGUAAGAUUGUAUUUGCUUCGGACGAUCAGCCUUUGGAUGAGGACAUUCGGGGUAAACUGGAUCAAAUUAACGGAAUUGAAGACGCAUUGUUGUUGAAGGCGGGUAACAGGGUUUCACCAUUGAGAGAGGGUUGGGCAGCUUGGUUUGAGGCAAAAGGUGACUUUUUGAGACGGGAUAGAAUGUUUAAGUCGAAUUUGGAGCUGUUAAAUCCGUUGAACAAUCCCCUUCUGCAAGACCCAGAUGGGAUAUCAACGGUUCUAACAAGGGGAGAUAAGCUUAUGCAGAAAGUAAUGUGGAAUGAGCUUAAGAAAAUUCCCUUUGGUGUAAGAAAACCAUUGGGAAUUUUGGAGAAGCCCCGUGAUUCUGAAGUUGUAGGAGAUGGUCAUGACUCUUCUGCUAGGAAGAGGAAUAAUGUGAAUGUUGGGAUAAAGGGAUUGGAGGGAAAUGCUGAAGGAACAAAGAAUGAGGUCAAAAGGACAGAACGUAGAACUUUAGAUGACACUUCGACUGCUAAUGUCGACAGUAAUAACAUUGUUAAUGUUUCUGAGUCUUUUAAUUCAGCUAAGAAGGCGGCUAUUGUUAAUGAAACUUCACAUACUGAUAUGGUGAAAAAACAAGGUUUCUCAUCCUAUAAGAGUACUGGGAGGGGGCCUUUGCAACACGGUUAUACAAAAGGCAUUGAAAAUUCUUCUAGGGGUGAAUUGGUUCAACAGACCCUCUUGAAGAAUCCUGAUUCUGUGUCUCAGGUUCAAUCUGAGGUAUCAGGUCCUAAAUAUGCUGAUGGCAAGAGAUGGGGUUAUUUUCCUGGUUUAGAUCCUUAUCUAUCUUUUUCCGACUUCAUGGAUGAAUUCUUUGGGAAAGGUAAAUGCUCAAUGAAAGUUUUUAUGGUUUGGAAUUCCCCACCAUGGAUGUAUAGUGUACGGCAUCAACGAGGCCUUGAAAGUCUUCUUUAUCAUCAUCCAGAUGCUUGUGUUGUAGUUUUUUCUGAAACGAUUGAGCUUGAUUUCUUCAAAGGCUUUGUAAAGGAUGGAUUCAAAGUUGCCGUUGCCAUGCCAAAUCUUGAUGAACUGCUGAAAAAUACUCCCACCCAUGUAUUUGCAUCAGUCUGGUUUGAAUGGAGAAAGACAAAAUUUUAUUCUAUCCACUACAGUGAGCUUAUUCGUCUGGCUGCUCUGUAUAAAUAUGGAGGACUCUAUAUUGAUUCUGAUGUUGUGGUGUUGAAGCGUUUGUCUUCAUUUAAUAAUUCUAUUGGCAUGGAGGAUCAGGUGGAUGGAAGUUCUCUCAAUGGUGCACUGAUGGCAUUUAGAAAGCAUAGUCCUUUCAUAAUGGAGUGCCUGAAAGAGUUCUAUUCAACAUAUGAUGAUGCUCAGUUGAGAUGGAAUGGGGCUGACCUACUGACAAGAGUGGGUAAGAAGUUUCUAAGCAAAUGGGAUAAUUCUGGUAAACCGAUUGAGCUAAAAAAGCAACAAUCUUUUGUAUUCUUCCCAAUAAGUCAUCAGAAUAUCAUAAGAUAUUUCACAGCUCCUUCUGAUGAGGCUGAGAGAGCCCAACAGGACGUCUUCUUCAGAAAGAUUCUGAACGAAUCAUUUACAUUCCAUUUCUGGAACAGCUUAACAUCUGCUCUUGUUCCAGAACCUGAGAGUGUUGCAGCAAAACUUCUUAACUGCUACUGUCUUCGUUGCUUUGAUGUGUUAUGAACUGUAUGAGAAGAUGUCAUUUGCAAUAUCUGGUCCAGCAUUUACUUGCCAGAUAUUUUCAAAUGAUCAAUUAAAAAUAGCCCAAGUGAGAGUUCCCUGUUUCCAAAUUAUCCAUUUUACCGGUCAGCUUACAAGGAAUUGCAAAGGCACUCCUGGUUUGGGUUUUGAACUGAAAACGUGGAAGCCAUCAUUCAUCAAAUGUACAGUUCUGUACUUAUUUUGAGUUUGAUAUAUUGCAGAAGUUGUAUGCCGCUACAAGAAAUUAUGUUCAGAGGUACUGUGGAAGUGCGUGGAGCAAGUUCAAGUGUAGAUUUUAGUUGUUUAAGCUGAGCACCAAAAGUGGGGAAGACUGUAGAAUAUGGAUUCAUAAUUUUAUAUAUUGUACUUUUAGAAGAUGAGUUGUGUGGGUGAGAAAGCGGACUGUAAAAUAUGGUUUAUGUAUUGUGUUUCUUGAAGGUGAGAUGUUAUAGAGAUGUGACUCGUUUGGUUACCCACUCCCCAAGAGUUUUGAAUCCCAAAAUGAAAUUUCCCAUUGCCGAUGCUUCUUCAGCAACGUUGAAGCACUUAUUCACCAUUUUGUUGUUCAGCAAACGAUAGUGAAAAGAUCAUGAUUAAUUGCAAAGGAUUCAGGUGCAGCUUUGGAA